GGGAAUGCGCGCGCAGCGGUGAAAACGUCAGAUGAGGCGGAAGUAGAGCAAUUUGAGAGAAGGAAAUAAUCGAGCGGAGCCUCACCUGUCGCAGGUAAACAUCCUGAGCUCGAGGAGGAGAAAAUGAACAACCCGCUUCCUUCCAACCUCAAGUCUGAAACCAAGAAAGCAGCUAAGAUCCUCAGAGAAUUCACUGAAAUCUCCAAUCGGAACGGGCCGGACAAACUCAUCCCAGCUCAUGUGAUCGCCAAGGCUGAGGGGCUGGCCAUCAUCUCUGUGGUCAAGGCUGGCUUUGUGAUCACAGCCAGAGGAGGCAGCGGCAUCGUCAUCGCCAGGCUGGCGGACAGACGCUGGUCGGCUCCUUCUGCAAUCGGGAUCGCUGGCCUGGGCGGCGGCUUUGAAAUUGGCGUGGAGGUGUCUGAUUUGGUAAUCAUCCUAAAUCAGCGGCGAGCCAUUGAUGCCUUCACUAAAGGCGGGAACUUGACGCUGGGAGGAAACUGCACCGUCGCCGUGGGGCCGGUUGGCAGGAACGUUGAAGCCGAUGUUGCCUUGCGCAACAUCUCUGCCGUCUACACCUACUGCAAAUCCAGAGGAUUGUUUGCUGGCAUCUCUCUGGAGGGCUCGUACCUGAUUGAACGCAAAGACACCAACCGCAAGUUCUACUCCCGGGAUGUGCGAGCAUCUGGCAUAUUGAAUGGAGACGUGGAGCCACCGAUGGAGUGCUAUGACCUCUACCACAUCUUGGACGCGUACACGGAGGCCUACGUAGAUGACUGGACCAGCAAGAAUGCACACGGAAAGUCGUCCCGUCCUCCUGCCAGACCUCCAGCUCCUUCACAACAACGAACAGCGACCCGCUUCCAGACACCAGCAGACACGGAUGACAAGAUGGCUGCGUCUGCAGGAGCAGCAGGUAAAAAGUCCCUCUACCCGAGUAUCUCCAUCUACAAAUCAGAAACCUCAGCUGGAAAAGCAUCACAAGCUGGAGCUAGCGGAGAGCUAGUGGUCACCGCCGUUCAUCCAUUUACUGGCCAGAAGCCCGGCGACCUGAGCUUCGUACCCGGUGACCGCAUCACUGUCAUCACCAAGACCGAGUCCCAGUACGACUGGUGGGAGGGGCAACUGGCUGAUGGGCGGGUGGGCAUCUUUCCUGCCAACUUUGUCACAUAUUGACCGCUUUCACGAAGUCGGUUACAGGACUGUUCGUCACGUCAGACAUCGGUUCCCUCAAAACGCUAACGUUAUGUCGCCGUUAAGAAUUCUAUAGUUUGGAACCAAAAUUGACUUAGAAAUAAAAAGUGCAUUGUGUUUUGUAUCAAAAUGAAGAACUGUUAAAAGUGAAUAAAAUAAAAAACUUCUCUUAA